UAACAUGCCCUCACGCAAGAACGAACCUUUAACCUAAAAUGUUCAAGUAUUUGUUCAUUUUCAUCUCUUCGGUAGUAGUCGAAAACUGUGCCUUUCUGACUACUGACACGGCUGUAGGACUGACGGCAAAGAACCCCGUGUUGAUGAGGCUUCUGCAAACAGUGGACGCUGCGACCACUGACGAUCGGCUGUUGGAUGUCUCUCUACAACUACUCAAAAGCUUGUGUGUUUGUAUGCGUGAAACUUUAAAAGCAAAGCAACUUGAAAGUGCAUCGUUCAGUGGUGGUACCAACUCGCUGCAAGUCGAAGAUAACAACAAAGAUUCGAGCAAGAAGGUACUGGAUAUUUAUCAGAAUAUUUAUAAAAAAACUUGUUAUGAUUUAAAAAAUGAAGUGGCAUCGAAGGUUAAUAAAAGCGCUAAUAUAUCCUCAGAUGAAGAAAAGGAAUUUGUGCUGAAAAGUGACUGUGGAAGAAUACAUAUUCAAGCUAAUAAAAAUAUUCUUCAGCAAGAGGUCAGAACUGAUACCAAUGAAGCAAGACUUGAAGACAUUUUAUACCAAACUUUUAUAAAGACUCGUAGUUACCAUAGAUUCCGUACGAGGAAAUACAGUUUGUAUAAACAUACACAAAAACUGGCGCGCGUCCCUGACAAGCAUAAUAUUAUAGUAAUACUUACCUUCUAUCCAGUAAAUGAUAGAGGCCUCUUAAUAUCCAACUAUACCAAACUUACCGAUGAACUUAACAGUACCUUACACACACAUUCGCCAAUAGACAUAGACAUUAUUGAUGCUAGAUUUGGUCAAAAAGAAAAUGUCAGUGAAGAAAGCCUAACACCAAAAGAUGCCCCGGACUGUGCCUUAAAAUCUAUCUACACUUUUUUACUACAAAGUGAACGAAAUAAUAAGACAAAAGUUUUUAAAUUAAUGCAUCGACAUAAUACAAUUAAAGUUUAUAUUGAUGUAACUUCUGAACCUUAUCAUUCUGAUUACACUAAAAUGUGUUGCAGUAACAAAACGGAUGAACCAGUGUGUCAAAUAAACUUUCCAAAUGAAAGUUUUGACUCAAAAAUAACCACAAGCUCUUAUACUACAGAAAAUUCUAGAAAUUUAAAAGAAACAAUAUUAAAAAUCAAGUCUCUAGUGAAAUUGUACGAUAAAAGAUUGAAGAAGAAAAAGCUCAAACGAUCGACUACACUAAAAACAGUUAUGAAACGAAAUAAGUUAAAAAGUGAUUUAAUUACCGAGGGUGUAUACAGUAUUUCAAAUCCUUUAAUAAAUAUGCCUGAAUCUAAACACUUGCUGAACUAUACGAAUUCAAAGGAAAUAUGGAUGAACCGUAUAUUGGAUGAUGAACCCAGUCAUGAAAAGGACGACAAAUGGAUAACUGUCAAGAAACAAAUAACAUCACCUGAACAAGAAGUUACAGUUUCACCAAAUAGUUUUCCUAAAAAGCAUGACACAACCGUGCCAAGCCGUGUCGUCAACAAUGAAACAAAUAGUGUAGUCACUAAAUUUAAGAACCAUUUGUUUUAUCCUACUGAAAGUUAUGAACCAAUUACGCCAACUGAGUUUUUCAACAUUCAUAAAAAGGUACAUAUUAGAACUAUUGAUUCUCCAAAUACUAAGUUACAGAACAGGCUGUAA